AUGAGAAAUCACACAGCAAUAACAACAUUCAUCUUGUUGGGACUUACAGAGGACCCACAGCUGCAAGUUCUUCUUUUUAUCUUCUUAUUUCUCAGCUACGUGCUGAGCAUUACUGGAAAUUUGACCAUUAUCAUUCUUACAUUUAUGGAUUCUCAUCUUAAAACACCUAUGUAUUUUUUUCUCUGCAAUUUCUCCAUCUUAGAAAUCUCAUUCACAACAGUAUGCAUUCCCAGAUUCUUGUACAGUAUAACAACUGGA